CCGCCCCUGCCGCGGCCACUGUUCGCCAACCUGGUGCUGAUCCACGUCGAGGCCGGCUCUCCUCCACGGUGCACGCGGGCGUCUGGUCCGAGAGGCGCCUCCGCGGAGGGCGAAGAGCCGUGCCAGUGCCCCCGGCUAUGCCUCCUGCUGCUACGGUUCCCGCCGGCGCCCGCGCGCCCGCGGCCUUGGGGGCGCAGCCGGGCCCCGGGGACGCCCGGCUUUGAGGCCGGGGCCUAGUGCCCGCCGCGGCCGCACAGGAGGGGCCCAGGCCCGCCUCCCCGCCUGCCUUCGCUCUUGGCCGGCCUAGGCUCGCUCCCCUCCGCUGCCAUGGCUGUCGCCUCCCAGCAGGUCGCGGGCUUCGGGCGUCCGCAGCCGCGGCGGCACCAGGCGCUCAGCGGGUUGCUGCUGCUCUGCUUGUGGCUGCCGAGCGGCGGUGCGGCCGUGCCACCCGGGGCGCCACUGUCCGAGCUGCACGCGCAGCUCUCGGGCGUGGAGCAGCUGCUGGAGGAGUUCCGCCGGCAGCUGCAGCAGGAACGACCGCAGGAGGAGCUGGAGCUGGAGCUACGUGCCGGCGUCGGCCCGCGGGAGGGCUGUCCGGGCCCGGGCGGCGACGGCUACAGCGCCAUGCCCGACGCCAUCAUCCGGACCAAGGACUCCAUUGCUGCCGGUGCCAGCUUCCUGAGGGCGCCGGCGGCCGUGCGGGACUGGCGUCAGUGUGUGGCGGCCUGCUGUUCCGAGCCGCGCUGCUCGGUGGCUGUGGUGGAGCUACCCAGGCUGCCGGUGUCCCCGGCGGUUGCGCUCGGCUGCUACCUCUUCAACUGCACUGUGCGCGGCCGUAGUGUCUGCAAGUUCGCACUGCACCGUGGCUUCAGCAGCUACAGCCUCAGUCGCGCCCCGGACAGCGAACAGGGAGCCCUGGAAGCUGAAGAUUCAGCUCUGUCCACCGCCUGGGCCUCGCCGCGGCUGGACAAGGAUGAACCUCCACUUAGCAAGGCAGGGCAGGAUGUGGUUUUGCAUCUGCCCACAGAUGGAGUGAUUCUGGACGGCCGUGAAAGCACGGAUGACCACGCCAUCAUCCAGUAUGAGUGGACACUGCUGCAGGGUGACCCGUCAGUGGACAUGAAGGUGCCCCAACCAGGAACCCUGAAGCUGACCCACCUGCAGGAAGGAACGUACACCUUCCAGCUGAUCGUGACUGACACUGCUGGUCAGAGAAGCUCCGACAACGUGUCCGUGACAGUGCUUCCCAGGACCUACUCCCCAGGAGGCUGCUUGAACGUUUGCUCACGUUACCACUUCUUCUGUGACAAUGGCUGCUGCAUUGAUAUCUCCCUGGCGUGCGACGGGGAGCAGCAAUGUCCUGAUGGGUCUGAUGAGGCUUUCUGUCAAAACUUGGGCCUUGACCCCAAGGUGGUGAACCACACGCCAGCUGGCCCUGCUCAGCCAGGCACAUCGGGGCUGAGUGAACAUGCGAGGCAGCACUCCUUGUUGGAAAAGUCCCAGAAAGUCACUGCCCCCAACCUGCUGGUCACCUCAUCAGUCACAGAGACGGGAAUUCACUCCACCUCCUGGGGACCAGAGAGUCAGAUCAUUCCUGUGUUGCCAGGUAGUCAUUCCUCAAGCAAGAACAAAAAAGAGGAAAAUUAUAUUUUUGAGUCCAAGAGUGAUCGAGGAAGAGGAGAACACCCAGCCCCAGAAACAGGUGCGGUGCUGCCCCUGGCGUUGGGUUUGGCCAUCACUGCCCUGCUGCUUCUCAUGGUUGCCUGCCGCCUGCGACUGGUAAAACAGAAGCUGAAGAAAGCUCGUCCCAUUACGUCUGAGGAAUCUGACUACCUCAUAAAUGGGAUGUAUCUGUAGUACAUGUGAAAGCUGAGGGCUAGAAUGUGUUUCAGGUACAAGUUAUCCUUUUAUUAGCUUCUGGUAUUUACAACCUCUUUUGUUUUUAAUUGAGCUAGAAGAUUCUACAAAUCACAAACCUUUGUAUUUAUUUACUAUAGAAAGAUUGUCCUUAAGUACAUGAAAUAUUUCAAUAGAGAGGAAUUCGUGUAAAGACCUUUAUAAAUCUAAUUCUGAUUUACUAAGUUGUCCCUGGAAAUAGAAAUUUGCAGUCAGCUGAGGCAGUUUUGUCAGUAUCCCAAAAGAAGGCCUCAGGGUUGUGGUGUUCACCCUUAGCUUUUGAGAAGUGGACCACCAGACCCUGGGAGGACUGGGUCACUUUAGGAGUAGCUUCCUAUAGCCCUAGUCUUCUUUAACCUCUAACACUCCCCUUUUUCUUCUACCCUGAAAAACGUGUUUCUGGGGAUGGAUUUGAAGGGAGUUUAUACUCUCAAUGAAAUGUUACCUAUGGCAGGUUUAUAUGCAAAAUUAUAAAUCUCUAGGACAGAUGAAGCCUGAGGAGAGAGGAAGGUAGGUUCUUGCCAAUGUCUUUGACAUCAUGUCAUGUAGUUGGGAGCCUUGUUAUGCUGAUCUUCAGAGGGGGAAAAAAAAGCUAGACUUUGGAUUAAGAACAGCUCUAAGAUGGUUACAAAGUGAGAUAGGAAAUCAAGGUGGAAGUAAUUCUGGUGGCCAAAAAAUUUAACAGAAACUCACCUGAGGACCAAGUGAGCAAGAACAGGUUAUAAUACUUUGUCCUAUCUGCUCAUCACUAUUCCACUCCAGAGCGCAGCAACCCAUUCAUAUAGUCACCAGUUUUCAAGAUGAGUCUUUUUUGAUGAAAGAAAAACAGCAGGACAAAACAGUAGGACAUUGAGUGGAUUUCUGGGUAUGGCUUUUGUAAAAAUGUCACCAUGUUUAAGUAUCAGCAGGUUAUUCCAUCUAGUGGAUGGAGCCAGCUUUUUUUCAUUUCUUAAAUGCUAUACAAUGUUAUAAUGUGCAGUCAGCUAAUGCCAGGCUUAUAUAUUUCCAGAGUAGAAAGCAGUGUUGCACAAAUUCAUCCUUACAGAAAAAUGGCAUCUAGCUUAGCAUCUUUCCUUUUUAAAUCUGUAGGUAUUUAAAGACAAAUUAUUUCCAUCAACAUUUAAUGCCAGGAUUAUACUCUAGAAAUUAUCCUACUGAGAGGAAUGUGUGAUGCAGUGCCUGUCUAUGCUUACAUGAUGUUACUAUUUAUAUAUAUAUUUUUUACCAUAAAUGACAAAUCUUUUAAACACUUGAAAAAUACUCUAGAGUCUAGUAGUUUAUUUUUAGACUAUCUAAAGUAGGUGGUUUCUUUAGCAAAGGGCUUAAUUUGGGUGGAAAAUAUAUCAAAACACAUUAAUAAGUGGAAAGUUAGUUCUAGGAAAACAAAUUAUCAUUUUUGUCCUAAGAAACUCAUGUUUUAUUGAAUAUUUAGAAUUGAGCAAUGAUUUAAAUUUCAGUGGCAGUUUAAGAGAAAUGGACUGUGUGAAUGAAUUUAAGAUGUGUGUACUCCCUGUGAUGCUGUCUAGUGUUUUUAUAUAGAAGGAUGUCACCUAUAGCCAUACCAAAUAAAACUGAUAACGCAUGCGUCACCAGGCCUUUUAUAUAUGCAGAAAUUAAAUAGAAUUUAGGAUUGCUAUAGUGUUGAUUUACUUAAGAUGCCCCAUAUGUAUGUAAACAAUAUUCCUUUAAUAAAUUUUAUUUUAUUCUUAAACCUGU